UCACAAUCCCAAUUUCUGAAUUCUACAAUCCAACACAUACCCAUACCCCAACAAACACCAACUACAAUCGCAAACAUGGUUCAAGCUUCCGAGGUUCUCAAGGGAAAGACUGGUGUCAUCUACGGUGACGAUGUCUACAACCUCUUCAAGCACGCACAAUCCGAGGGAUACGCCAUCCCCGCGAUCAACGUGACUUCCUCCUCCACCGUCGUCGCAUCCCUCGAGGCUGCCCGCGAUGCCAAGUCCCCCAUCAUCCUCCAAAUGAGCCAGGGUGGUGCCGCAUACUUCGCCGGAAAGGGCGUCGACAACAAGGACCAGAGCGCUUCCAUCCAGGGAGCCAUCGCCGGUGCUCACUACAUCCGCGCAAUCGCGCCCGCAUACGGUAUCCCAGUUGUUCUCCACACCGACCACUGCGCCAAGAAGCUUCUGCCCUGGUUGGACGGCAUGCUCGACGAGGACGAGAAGUUCUUCAAGGCAAAUGGCGUACCGCUGUUCAGCUCCCACAUGAUUGAUCUCUCAGAGGAGAGCAAGGAAGAGAACAUUGAGACCACCAAGAAGUACCUCCAGCGCGCUGCUCCCAUGAAGCAAUUCUUGGAGAUGGAGAUCGGAAUCACCGGCGGUGAAGAGGAUGGUGUCAACAACGAGGAUGUUGACAACAACUCGCUCUACACCCAGCCUGAAGACAUCUUUGACAUCUACAAGACCUUGAGCGAGGUCUCCCAGUACUUCUCGAUCGCCGCUGGCUUCGGUAACGUCCACGGUGUUUACAAGCCCGGUAACGUCAAGCUCCGCCCUGAAUUGCUCCAGAAGCACCAGCAGUUCGUCAAGGAGCAAGUCAAGAGCAAGGACGACAAGCCCGUCUUCCUCGUAUUCCACGGUGGCAGCGGCAGCUCUGUCGACGACUUCCGUCAGGCGAUCUCAUACGGUGUCGUCAAGGUCAACCUCGACACCGAUAUGCAAUGGGCCUACUUGUCGGGUGUUCGCGACUACGUCCUUAACAAGAAGGACUACCUCCUCACUCAAGUUGGUAACCCAGACGGCGAGGACAAGCCUAACAAGAAGUUUUACGACCCGAGGGUGUGGGUACGCGAGGGUGAGAAGACCAUGAGCCAGAGGCUCAAGGUUGCCCUCGAUGACUUCUACACUGCUGGCAAGGCCUAAAAAGCUUCUCAACAUUCCGAAGCAGAGAUGAACUCGGUUGAUGGAGAAAAGGCGUUGGCGAAUGGGCGUGAGUGGAGGGCGGCGACCCGGCUACGGCUUGGACACGUCGCGAUCACGACUUUGAUGACAUGCAAAUCGCAAAUUUAGACAUAGGUGUUGAUGAUAAUUACAACUGCCUUCUCAAGAGAACAUAAACUCCUCGUCACCUUUCAGUUUUCUCGCUGCAGGUCCUUUUAUUAUCUGGUUACCUUGAUGCGCCAUGCUAUGCAAUUUUCUACUGCAGAUUGGAGACGUCGGAUGUUACAUUUUGAUAAAUAUGUUGUAAAGGGUAUUCCAGAAACACAUGUAUGUAGUGAUAGAUAGUGAUCGAUGGCUGUUUCGAUGCAGAUUGGUUAUAGUAAGAUCACAUGGUGUGAUUAGAUCGGAGGUUCGAAGAUUUGUAUUCUCCAGGUGCCUGGAUACAGUGUUUUACAGCG